GACAUUAAAAUGUCAACUGUCAUACAAAAUUGUGUCAAGUUGGCUUUUAUAGUGAAAAGUGUAAUUUUUGUUUGUGAUUUGCUGUACAAUUUAAAUAUUGACCAAUUAAAUUAAAUCAUGACUAAUGUUAACACAGGUGAACUACUGAAUUUUCAGGAUUAUUCUCCGGAGCACAAUGACCGCAGUGCGCGAAUCGAAGUCGAAGCAGUGCACACCAAUCAAUACAAUAAUAUGUCGAAUCCAACUUAUGGUUUUGAAGAGCCAAAAAACAUUGAAGAACCCCAAGCUGUCCCACAAAAAAACCAUAACUUCUGGACAAUAGAAUAUUAUCAGAAGUAUUUUGAUGUUCACACCAAUGAAGUGGUAGAACGGAUUAUAUCAUCAGUGUUGCCGCAGAGAGUCUCUCGCAACUAUUUUGAUGAACGGAUCAAAGGGAAACCUGAUUUGUAUGGACCUAUAUGGAUAUCUGUCACAUUGAUUUUCACAAUAGCAGUGAGUGGUAACAUAGCCAACUAUCUACAAAGUGCAAACAAAGUGGUACACUGGCGAUAUGACUUCCAUCUUGUCUCAUACGCGGCGUCUGCGAUAUUCUGCUAUGUGUGGCUUGUACCAUUGGCUCUAUGGGCCGCACUCAAGUGGACCACUCAGCCUGAUGGACAGGAUGAGAUUGAGACACAGCAAUCAACUUCACCGACAAUGAUGUCAUUAUUCUGUCUCUAUGGAUACUCUUUAUCUAUCUACAUCCCUGUGGCUAUCCUCUGGACUAUCCAGGUAUCCUGGCUGCAGUGGCUGUUCGUUCUGAUGGCAGCGUUUGUCUCCGGUGCAGUGCUGAUCUUCUGGCUGCUGCCAGCGCUGAGGAAGUCAAAGUACUUCCUAAUACUGAUCGGUUCAAUCUUAGCGUUCCAUUUUCUUUUAGCGACUGGUUUUAUGUUGUAUUUCUUCCAUGUACCAGAUGCAGAUGUACCAAUUAAGGUGGUCAGUACCACUGUUAAGGUUUAAGUUUAAGAUUUUAUUUCGAUCCAAAUUAAAUUUUUAUAGAUAUGAAUGCACAUUUGUUGUUAAAACUGGUUUUGGAUAAACAUAAACCACUUUUUCUCAUGUAAUACAAUAUUUGAUUAUAUAUCUCUUUAUAUCAAAAUGUGUAUGAAAUAAGAAUUUGAAAUAUGUAUGGAAUUUGAUGUUUCUCCAUUUAAUUUUAAAGUUGGAUUGAAAUUAAAUUUAGUUUUUUUACUUAAUGUUUAUCAUUCCAUAU